CGAAAAAAAUAUGGGCGUGGAAACGAAGACCACCGUCCUUGUUCCUACUCCCAAAGUUGUUAUUCUGAAAGUGCCUUCUUGUAAAUUCCCAAUAUUAAGUGCUUUCUUUCAUUUCCAUUUUCAUUUUCAGCACCUGACAAAGUAACAAUGGCUUCAAUGGCAUCUUCAAGCUUCUUCUGCAACCUCAAGUUUCACACCAAACCCAACAUUAGUAGUUACUCUCUUUCUCGUAUUCACCUCUGUCAGAAGAAGCAGAAGCAGGAGGACAACGACAUCCCCACCGGCCAAAUCAACCGAAGAGCACUCAUAUUGAGAAGCAGCGAGUUAGCAACCAUUGGUGCCCUCUUCAAUCUGAGUGGGAAAAAGCCUGAUUAUCUUGGAGUUCAGAAAAACCCACCAGCAUUAGCUCUGUGUCCAGCAACUAAGAACUGCGUUUCAACCUCUGAGAAUGUCACUGAUCUCAUCCAUUAUGCUCCUCCUUGGAACUAUAGCCCUGAAAGUAGGAAAAACCCUGUGAGCAGAGAAGAGGCAAUAGAGGAACUGAUUGAAGUGAUAGAAUCAACAAGACCAGACAAGUUUACACCAAAAAUAGUUGAAAGGAAAGAAGACUAUCUUCUCGUGGAGUACCAAAGCUCAAUCUUGGGGCUUGUGGAUGAUGUUGAGUUCUGGUUCCCACCGGGUAAGGGUUCGACUGUGGAGUAUCGAUCUGCAUCGCGGUUGGGAAACUUUGAUUUUGACAUGAAUAGAAAAAGAAUCAAGGCACUGCGAGAAGAGUUGGAGAAGAAAGGAUGGGCUUCUCAAGACAGCAUAUGAGUAAAACUUGUGCUGAAAUCGUAUGAGCACUGAAGCCUCUUUAACUGGUUGAAUUCAUCCUGAUUGUAAUUCGUAUGCUUUGCAACAUUUUUUUACUAGACUACAAAGCUCACAGAAUCAUUGAAAAAAUGUUUAGAAUUUUGGAAAUCAUUUAGAACAAUACAUAAGCUCUUGGGAAGGAAUGAAAUGAACAUACGACCUCA